AUGGGAGAGGUCCGGCAGGAGAGGAGCCGGAAAGGUUACAUGGAGGCAGGAGGAGAAGGUUACAUGGGAGAAGGUUACAUGGAUACUAGGGACACGCGGCGCGCUGACGGGGGUGAGGAGGACGCGCCGUGCGAGAAACAACAGGAGCUGGAGCUGGGCGUGUCCUACCACCAGAGCACCGUGGCGGCGCUCAACUCCGCCGGCGACGACGUCGUCCAACGCUCGGGCGACGCCCGCGCCCGCCAGGUCGACGACAAGCUGACGCGGCUCAACGCCAGGUGGCGCCUCGUGUGCGCCGACGUCGCCGCGCGCAAGGAGCUGUUCGAGCGCUCGGAGCAGUGGGGGGAGGAGGAACUGACGGAACAGCUGAACGAUCUCGUGCGCUGGCUGGACGAAACCGAGGCUUUACUCUUCAGCCAGGUGGCGCCGGGUGACGAGGAAGGACUCGAGAACCUGCUCGAGGGGGUGAAGGAGAAGGAGCACGAGCUGGGAGAGCGUAAGCAGGAGUUUGUCAGCGUGGAGCAGCGUGGGUGGCAGGUUGUGCGCGAGGGGAGACUUCCCAACCCGAUAGACACGCUACAGACAGCCACCUCAAGAACGCAGUCCCCGCUUCGGGCAAACAAAAGGUCAGUACCAACGCCGGCGCCCCUGUUGGUGGCGGGGGAAGUCUCGUGUCUGCACCUGCGCGCGCAGGCGCUAUCGACGUUGCACCGCGACGGCGGCGCCACUGAGAGACGCGUUCACGCCUUGCCGCACGUUCCUGGAGGAGCUGAGGAACUCGUUGUCUGGGUCGGAGCGACGAAGAGCUUGCUGGGAGACGCAAGACAGGGCGCGCCACGUCCCGCGAACCCUGCUACUGACGACGCCGAUGACAUGGUCCGUCAUCGAUCCGAGCGGUGA